CUGGAAUGUACGUAGGACCCUCGACCAUGUUCGUCACGUAAGAAAAUAAUUGGCAUUUAUAAGCUAAAUCCAAACGACACCAAUGGAGAGAAAAUUGAACUUGUCCACUGUGCCUCCAAUCCAUCCAUCACAGCUCAUAAUUAGAAGAAAGCCGACUCUUCUUCCAACUAUAUAUAUCCAUUUCCAUGUAAAAUAAACCUCCCCACCAUUUUCUCUUUCUCCUUUUCCUUUCUCCAAAAUGAACGGCGAUGAUCGGAUGUCGUAUUCCAUCUCCGACGACCCCAAGACCCCACUUCUCCCUAUCCACGACGAGAUCCAACGGCGACCCAGCUUCCGUUCCUCUCUUACAUCCAUUUUCACACUCAAAAACUUGUACAUCCUCCUCGGACCUCUUUUGUGCGCUAUCAUAUACCUCUGCGUCAAGCCUGGCGGCUCCCUGACUGGCUCCGGCCGGAACAUGUUGGCCGUCCUUGCUUGGGUCUUUGCUUGGUGGCUGACGGAGGCAGUGCCCAUGCCGGUGACCUCCAUGUCACCGCUCUUUCUCUUCCCACUCUUUGGGAUAUCCUCUGCCGAUGACGUGGCGCACUCUUACAUGGACGAUGUGAUUGUGCUUGUUCUAGGAAGCUUCAUACUUGCUCUCGCUGUCGAACAUUAUAACAUUCACAGAAGAUUGGCUUUGAAUAUAACGAUUCUAUUUUGUGGAGAUCCAUUGAAUCCACCACUUGUACUCCUUGGGAUAUGUGCCACCACGGCGUUCGUGAGCAUGUGGAUGCACAACGUGGCAGCAACGGUGAUGAUGAUGCCCGUGGCGACUGGGCUCCUACAGCGCUUCCCAACGGGCCCAACGCAAUCCAACGUUGAAAACAAGUUCUGCAGGGCAGUGGUUCUGGGGGUGACAUACUCUGCUGCCAUAGGAGGGAUGAGCACGCUUACGGGGACAGGUGUCAAUGUGAUAUUGGUGGCCAUGUGGAAGAGCUAUUUCCCUCAAGAAGAGCCCAUCAGCUUCAGCACAUGGUUCUUCUUUGGUUUCCCUCUGGCUUUGUUGGUUUUCUUUGUUUUGUGGGGUAUACUCUGUUUGUUGUAUUGCCCAAGAGGUUCAGGGCAGGCCCUCGGUGCUUAUUUGGACAAAGCCCAUUUGAAGAAGGAGCUUGAACUUUUGGGUCCAAUGGCUUUUGCUGAGAAGAUGGUGCUGGCUGUAUUUUCGAUGCUCAUAGUUUUGUGGAUGACAAGAAGCAUUACAGACGACAUUCCCGGCUGGGGAGCUCUUUUCAAUGGCCGUGUUGGUGAUGGAUCAGUUAGUGUGAUGAUGGCAACUUUAUUGUUCAUAAUUCCAAACAAGAAGCAAAAGGGAGAGAAGCUGAUGGACUGGAACAAAUGCAAGAAGCUACCCUGGAACCUGAUUUUGCUUCUAGGAGCUGGCUUUGCCUUAGCUGAUGGAAUCCAGUCUUGUGGCCUGGCAGACAUGCUAUCAAACACCUUGGAUUUCUUGGAGAGGGCACCAUAUUUAGCUCUUGCCCCUGCUGUCUGUCUUAUGAGCAGCAUCAUGACUGAGUUCAUCACAUCUAACAAUGCUACUACCACACUUGUAGUUCCUCUUCUCAUCCCAAUAGCAAAAACCAUGCAUCUACACCCACUCCUCCUCAUGAUUCCUGGAGCCAUUGGAGCACAGUUUGCUUUCUUGUUUCCAACAGCAACUCCAUCCAAUGUUGUUGGGUUUACCACUGGAUUCAUUGAAAUACAAGACAUGAUCAAGACUGGUUUGCCACUGAAGAUUGCAGGAAUUGCUGCACUGUCCCUUUUGAUGCCUACACUAGGAGCUUAUGUUUUUGGAACAAAUAAGCAUGUUUAAUUGCAGGAAGAUUCCCAAAUGCCACCUUCUUGCAAAUCAUCGGGGCAGAGUACAAAUUAUCACGGCCAAUAUCAGCAGCAGCCCCCAGGUAUCUUGGAGACAAUGAUAUGUUAUUGGCCAUUGCCCCUUGGUCAGCAAAGUACUCUCACUGUGUAGUCACAAGCUCAAGAAAAAGCAAUAAAAAGGCAGCGUUCUUAUUC